ACAAAACAAUCGACCUCGGAUCCCAAAGAAACACAUCUAAAAUAUGGAUGCGUCAGAUCAGGAUCAACUGAGCCGAGGCACUUCAAAUAGAACUAGCAUGAACAGAGCCUCUAUCCGGAAGGUAUCCAUGAAGAUGGUGAGGAGACCAGAGAUGGAACUGGACGUCGAGAUCAGCUCCCAGUUAAACAGAACUCUGACAACCUUUCAGUUGACCAUGUUAGGCGUCGGGAGUACCUUGGGAGCGGGCAUCUAUGUUAUUGCGGGUAUGGUCGCUCAUAAGGACGCUGGACCCGCAACUGUGUUGUCUUUUUUAUUCGCGGCUGUAGCAUCGCUACUUGCUGGUUUUUUCUAUGCCGAGUUCGGAUCUCGAGUGCCAAAAUCAGGCUCUGCCUACACUUACAUCUACACUAGCAUAGGAGAAAUCAGUGGCUUCAUACUCGGGUGGACCAUGAUUAUGCAAUACGUCAUUGGCAGUGCAAGUACAGCUAAAGCAUUGAGUCAGUAUUUCGACCGGGCAAUUUUGGGCGGAGUUGUUGGCAAAGUUUUGAGUGAAGCGAUGCCACUCAACAACCGGUUUCUGGCGCCCUACCCUGAUUUCAUAUCUUGCGGAAUGAUUCUUCUCCUGACGCUGUUGUUGUGGUGGGGUGUGAAGGAGUCGACGAUGGUUACCAAUGUGCUCACUAUAAUGAACAUAUGCGUUAUCACAUUCAUCACUUCGUUCGGACUAUACGCAAUUGGCGUGAUUGGCUUCCAAAACUGGAAACUCUCUCCAUCUGAAGUGGCGGUGGGGUCCGGAGGGUUCAUGCCAUUUGGGUUCAGCGGAGUGGUGGCAGGAGCUAGCAUUUGUUUCUACGCAUUCAUUGGGUUUGAUGUCAUCGCUACUGCCGGCGAGGAAGUGAAGAAUCCGACUCGUGCCAUUCCCAUUGCCACCAUCCUCUGCAUAGCCAUCUGCACAAUAGCAUACGCGGGAGUGUCAGUGGCAUGCACCAUCACCCUCCCCUACGACCAGCUGGACCCAGAUGUGCCCAUCCCCCAGAUAUUCAGGGAGUGGGGGUUGCCCUGGUUGGAGAAAGUAGUCAGCGGCGGCGCCAUCUGUGCACUCACAACUAGUCUGUUCGGUAGUCUGUUCCCUAUGCCCCGCAUCAUCUACUCCAUGGCCACAGACGGAAUCCUGUUCAAGUUCUUCGCCACCGUCUCCGCCACCCACAAGACCCCCACUUACGCCACAUUCACAUCAGGACUACUAGCAGCUGUUCUGUCGUUGAUUGUGAACUUGGAGGACCUGGUUGAUAUGAUGUCCAUAGGCACUCUUCUUUCCUACACUAUGGUCGCAAUGUCAGUACUCAUACUCAGGUACCGCAGAGACGCCCCCUGUCCCGCCUACGCAGUCUCAUCCCACAUCAAAGUAGAUAAGGUGGGGGACAAGACUAGGCGUGAGAUACUGAAGAUGGCGUUGGGUGGGGAUGCCAUGGGCACUGAGCCUUCCAAGGAGAGUGAGGCGCUAGCUGUCUCUCUCACAUUCUUUCUCACAUCUGGUGCGUUCAUAUGUGCAGCUACAUGUGUGGUCACUCACUUUCUAGACACUGACAAGAUAUCUGAAAGUUCGUUCGUGACUGGAAUUGUUCUGCUGUCAGUUACUAGUGUGGUUGAGGUCAUUCUACUGUGCAUUUUGGCUCGGCUUCCUCAGAAAAGACUCAAUCUAAGAUUCAAGGUUUUGUGAUCUACUUCUCGUAUGGAAUUCGACACAGUCGGUUGGAAAAACGAGGGACGAGCGAGCAACUAGACAACUCGGCUGAAUUCGUUCACUCAUAUGAAGACCAGUCACUCGACAAAGACCCUCUUAAAACACCUCUGGCAUACAAGGUGAAUGGGGACUCGUGAUCACUUGUAUACUGUUUUGAUUUAUUAUUUAUUUUGAAGGCAUAUUUGUUUGCAUUUAUUGUAUUGAAUGACAUUGAAAAAACGUUAGUAAAACGUG